AUGCAUGCUAGCAGUCGUGAAGAACAUUACAAGGCAAAUCAAGAGUUGAGUCGAGACCAGAUCAUUGAUCAAUUGAACAUUUGUUAUCGAGUAUGCUGUAAAUAUACUCCCAAAGAACAAAAUGGAUUCGAUCAGAAUAUUUGUGAAUGUAAUCAUCUACAAGCACAUCAUCAACACAAAUCCAAUUCUUCGCAUACAACAAAAUGGAGUAUGACAAACAAUACAGUACUAAUGCCAAAUGCCAAACAUGGGCCAGUUGUGAACAAUGGAGUUUAUGUUCAACUUGCUUUGGAUACACCCGUGGAAACGCUUGAGAGGAUCCUUCUCGAGGCGUGGAAAAUUCCUCAGCCUGAUUUCAUCAUAUCAAUUGUCGGCGGUGCUAAAUAUUUCAAGCUAAGUGAUCGGCUUGUAAUGAAUUUCAUCAACGGCAUUAAUAAUAUCGCUUUGAAAUCCAACGCAUGGUUAAUUACGACGGGAUAUCAAGUUGGUGUUGCUCAACUAGUUGGUGAAGCGAUUAGUCAAGUUAGAUUGACACAUUUAAAGACAAAACAACUCACUGUUAUUGGUUUAUGUAAAUGGGGUUGUGUCAGCAAUAAAAAACAAGCUUUACGUUCUAGAACAGAAGAUUUAGAUGAGAAAUUUGCGGACAAAUCAACACUCUCGAUUGAAAAGGAAAAAAGGCAACGAUUCAGUGGCGAACGUGAUUUAGAAAUGAAUCACACUCAUUAUGUUAUGCUAGAUGAUGGGACUAUUCGUAAAUAUGAUAUAGGAGAUUAUCGAACACGCUUAGUAGUACAUCUUGGAAGGUUACAACAUAAAAACGAUGUUUUCGUUCCAGUUGUUACACUAGUUGUUGAAGGAGGAAAGGAUACUCUAAGAAAUGUGUAUUAUGACUUAAAAUCCAAUGUUCCUGUUGUAAUUGUUAACGGCAGUGGUGGAGUGGCAGAUUUUUUGCAUCGAUGGUUGCUACGCACGAAAGACCUUGACAAUGAUGUUAAAAAUCGACUAAAAGUUUAUGACAUUGAUAAUAUCAAUUUGGACACUAAUACAGCUGAUACGCAAUCGGGAACUAACGAUUCGAACCCUGUCGAACGACUUUUCGAAAGUUAUCGAGAGCUCUUGGAGAAAGAUUUGAAAAAUAUCCUUUUUUUCAAUCGAACCGAAAGCUAUCAAGGAAGUCAAAGUCAAGACUUGUCUGAUGAAGAUAAACCAGAAUGCGAAACUCUGGUUAAGCAAGCGAUAUAUUGUUUACAACCAGCUGUUCGAUCGAACCUUACCGUGUGCAACUUAAGUUCGGAUAUGAAUUUAUUGGAAACGAUUUUUCGAAGUCUUUGCUUAUCACGGCAAACAUUAUCGAAAACGAAACAAAUCGAUCGAUCAGGACCUCCAGAAGAAAACAUUGAAGUUGAAUCUCAAUACUUCAUUGAUCGAAAAGAGCAGAAUGCAGAGAGAUCCAAAUUACUUCGCAUCGCAAUGGCUUGGAAUUGUAUUGAAGCAGCAAAAGAAUGGAUUUUUCGAGGUUCAUUGAAUCAUAUCUUAGAUAAACAUCAAGCUUUCAUCGAUGCUCUAAAAAACAAAUUACCUUCCUUUGUUGAUGAAUUUCUCAACUUAGGAAUUGAUCCAAGUGAAACAUUCUUUGGACAAAAAGGACUGUUACAAAAGUAUCGGUAUAAAAGAUUCCUUCUCAAUUUGUAUACAUCCAAGGAAGUGAACGAUAAACGUCGACAAUUAAAGCAUUUCAUUGAUGAAGAUAGCUCAGUGAAAGAAAAGAAGAUCGAAUCUGUGGAAAAGUUAAAUAUAAUUCUUCUGCAGCUGAUUGGUGAUAAAAUGCACAAACUAUAUUUUGAUUCAUUUGAAGACGAACAUGCGUACCGUAAAGCAUACAGUCUCUCAGUUAUUGAUGAAGAUUCAGAUACAAUCGAAGACAAAAAGUCUAUGUAUUCCGACCAAAAAGCUCGAGAUUAUAUCAUGCGCGAUCUGUUUCUAUGGGCGAUUCUGAUGAAUUAUGUCGAAAUGGCCAAAGUUUUUCUAUCGCAUAUGAAAUAUCGCAUUUGUCCAGCAUUGAUUGCCACGAAAAUCUUCAAAGAAUAUCAUACAAAAGCUAUUCAUGAAGAUCUGAAAAUUGACUACAAGACAAGUGCAACAUACUUCGAACAAUAUGCCAUUGAUUGUAUAGACAAAUGUGACGACCAUGAUCGUGAGAAAGCAUGUGCGAUCAUUUUACAACAAAACGAGCUAUAUGGCUACGCUACUUGUUUACAAAUUGCAGCAGUCGCUGAUGAUAAAAACUUUCUCUCUACACCUUGUUGUGUUCAAGCUCUGAAUAAUAUCUGGUACGAUAAACUGUACCCUGAGCAAGGAAGAAAACGUGAUGUACUGGGCUUGGCGUUAGGAUUUCUAACAUGUGGUUUGGCAGCUCCUCUAUGCGUUAGAUAUCGAGAAGGUGAACAGAAACCCAAAACACCUGAGCCUACGGAUAGCAGGUAUCAGUAUCGACUGAAAUCGAAUGGACUGAACUAUCACGAUUCGCUUCUACUGGAAUAUCCUCGCGAAUCUGUACCUAAACCAGCAUACGAACGGUACUUACCUAAACUAAUUAAAUUUCAUCAAUCACUCCCGAUUAAAUACGCCUACCAUCUGGUGUCUUACAUUGUGUUUCUCCUAUUCUUUUCAUACUUCCUUCUAUUUAAAUUUUCACCACCAACUGGUAGUUCGCCAUCCAUUCAUUGGACUGAAAUUGCCACAAUUAUUCUAGUUACUUUCAUGGUAGUAGAAGAAAUCCACUAUUUUUUCAGCCAAGAUAGUCUCAGUUGGCAAGGAAAAUUAACGAACUAUUUUGGAAGUUUUCUAAAACUAAUGACACUCCUUUCAUUUCUACUCUUUUAUAUUGGAUUAAUCCUACGGUUUACAAGUACUGAUUCGGAGCAAGAUUUCGUUUCCGCACGAGUAAUCAUGGCUAUUGAUCUGGAACUCUGGUGGCUUCGGUCCUUAUCGUUCAUCAUCGUAGUACCAUUCCUUGGACCACAACUUGUCGCUAUUUGGAAAAUGCUCAAAGAUCUCUUAUUCUUUCUCUGCAUCAUUGCCAUUGUCAUGAUUGCCUAUGGUGUCGCUUCCCGUUCCAUGGUUUACUACCCCAAAGUCAACGGUUUCACCACCGACACAGGUGGUCCUAUCGAUACUCGAUUCGAUGGUCGAAGCAUCUUUCGCAACGUCAUCUAUCCUGUCUACUACUUUCUCUAUGGUGAAUUCGACAACGAACUCAUGAGUCUCGAUGGACAUGCAGAUGCUGGAUGGUCGAUCUCUACUCAUGUGCUACUUGCUGUUCAUCUGAUCUUUGUGAAUAUUCUUCUGACGAAUCUUCUCAUUGCCAUCUUCAGCAAACGAUAUGAUGAAGUGUAUGAUGAGACGAAGAAGAUUUGGCACUAUCAACAAUAUUUCCUUGUUCGUGAUUACUUUACACGAUCACCAUUUGUACCUCCCAUAAGUCUGGUGAUGAAUUUAGCUUCACUACUUCGAAUGGCGUAUCUCUUUGUUAUAAAAGAACAAAUUCAAGGCAAAAGUGCAAGAUUUACGAAGAAAAUUUUCAAAAUAAUUCCUAGAAACGAAUCGCAUGUCAAAAAAUGGUGUCAAUUCGAAGGUGCAUCUACGUAUAAAUAUGCACAUGAUGUAGUGAAAUCAUCCAAAUCGACUACAACAGGAUUAUCUUCUACGACAAAUUCAACGAAGAUUGAUAAAGGAAAAGAUGUAGCUAAUACAGAAGCUAAUGCAAAUGUAACUGAGAACAGUGUCAAAGAAAUCCAAGAUUGCUUGAUAAGAUUACAUUCUUCAACCAAGGAAAUAUUCUAUGCUGAUACGAAGCGUACUCAAUUACCGUUUAUUAUGGCAAGACAACGUUCUGAAGCUGUAGCCGAGGCUAUGUCCAAGGCGCAUAAUAUUCGUAAUAUGUGCGUCAUCGCACAUGUCGAUCAUGGUAAAUCAACAUUGACCGAUGCGUUGGUGUACAAAGCCGGUAUUAUUACCGAACAACAAGCUGGUCAACGUCGAUUUACUGAUUCGCUGGAAGCGGAACAAGAAAAAGGACAUGCAGAUGCUGGAUGGUCGAUCUCUACUCAUGUGCUACUUGCUGUUCAUCUGAUCUUUGUGAAUAUUCUUCUGACGAAUCUUCUCAUUGCCAUCUUCAGCAAACGAUACGAGGAAGUGUAUGAUGAGACGAAGAAGAUUUGGCACUAUCAACAAUAUUUCCUUGUUCGUGAUUACUUUACACGAUCACCAUUUGUGGCCCCGAUCAGUUUUGCCUACAAUAUUUGGGAUUUCUGUCGCAUGUUCUCAUAUUUUUUGCGCCGAAAUUGCUCUAGCAAAAACUCCGGACAGAAUCACAAGAAAAUAUUCAAAAUGAUUGCUAAAGAUGAAAGUCUCGUAAGAGAAUGGCAGCUGUUUGAAGAGCUGUCCACAUUCGAAUAUGCCCAUGCUGAAGUGAAGAAAUCUGAUUCAAUUGAACAAUUUCAUGGGAUUGAAACUUCUAACGAAGAAAACGUAAACUCACAAGUGCAAGAUGAUUUAUUGAACUUGGAUUUUGCGAUCAACGGUGUUAUGACACAGCUAAAAAAUAAUGGACUUCCGAAAAAAUAA